AAAGUAAGGAGAGUAAAGAAAUGAGGACGAGAGCAAGAAAACUUAGCGAUGCCUGUCAACUAGCUAUUACUGAAAACGGAUCGUCCGUGAAAAAUCUUGAUGCGUUUAUUAGGAAUAUUUUGCAAGGCAAUUAAACAGAGUGUCUUUGUAACUCUUGAAGCCACUAAUUGUGUGUAAUCUAAAAUCAUUUAAUAAAAUGAUAAGCCUAAUGCAAGAAUUCAAGUUUUUGUCCAAGAUAAGAAAUGUUAUAUGACAAGGCCACGUUUAUAAAACUACAAGUGCCGGGCAAACAGAAUAAAAGAAGACAACAAUGGCUAGAAUACAAAACUACAAACAAGUAUUUUUAUUCAAGCGGCAACCUUUUCUUCUUCAAUUGAAGGUCUUCGUUUUAGAAAUUCUGUCAAGUUCUUGUUUCACCCUUCUUCUAUGCAGAAACAAAAUCAGUCUCUAGUUUCUUGCAAUGACAAAGAAUCAACCCCAAUUUGCCACGUGGUAGCUAUGCCUUAUCCAGGCAGAGGCCAUGUAAAUCCUAUGAUGAAUCUCUGCAAACUAUUAGCAGCUUCAACAAAAUCUGAUAUUCGCAUCACCUUUACUGUUACUGAAGAGUGGCUUGGCCUCCUUAGCUCUGACCCAAAGCCUGAAACGAUUCGUUUUGCAUCAAUACCUAAUGUUAUCCCAUCUGAGCGUAUUAGGGCUUCGGAUUUUCUUGGAUUUUAUGAAGCUGUUAUGACAAAAAUGGAAGCUCCUUUCGAGCAGCUUCUUGAUCGCCUUCAACCAUCUGUGACUCUUAUAAUUGCUGACAUUGAACUACGGUGGAUGAUCGACUUGGCUAAUCGGAGGAAUAUUCCGGUGGCUGCAGUUUGGACAUCAUCAGCGACGUAUUUCUCGAUUUUGUAUCAUUUUCAUCUUUUCGCUAAAAAUCAGAAUUUGCCGAUUGACGUGUUGGCAAAAAUUGCAGAUCAAAUCCCAGGAAUUUCUUCAUCAAAUGUGUCGAUCCUUCCAACAAUCUUCCAUAGAAAUAAUUUAAGAGUCACGCAGCUUAGUCUGGAAUGCGUUUCAAAGGUACCAAAAGCACAGUAUCUACUCUUCACUUCUGUAUAUGAGCUUGAACCUCAAGAAAUGGAAACUCUAAAAGCAACUUUCCAAUUUCCUGUUUAUUCUAUUGGCCCUGCAAUUCCUUACUUGGAACUCCAACCUAAUUAUAGUACCCUUGACUACCAAAAAUGGCUAGAUUCCAAACCUGAAGCCUCUGUAUUAUACAUUUCAUUGGGAAGUUUCCUUUCUGUUUCAAAAGCCCAAAUGGAUGAAAUGGUUUCCGGGCUUCAAGAUAGUGGAGUUCGAUACUUAUGGGUGGCGCGUGGAGAAGCUUCGCAGUUAAAUGAGAUUUGUAGUGAUAAGGGGUUGGUGUUGCCUUGGUGUGAUCAAUUGAAGGUUUUGUGUCAUUCCUCUGUAAGAGCAUUUUGGACACAUUGCGGUUGGAAUUCUACACUGGAAGCAGUUUUUGCAGGUGUGCCUAUGCUGGCUUUCCCUCUGGAGUGGGAUCAAUAUUCAAACUGCAAGAAAAUUGUGGAAGAAUGGAAAGUUGGUUGGAACGUACAGAGGAAAAUUGGAGAAAAUAAUUUGGUGACUAGAGAAGAAAUUACAGAACUUGUUAAAAAGUUUAUGGAUUUGGAAAACAAUGCCAGCAAAGAAAUGAGGAUGAGAGCAAGAGAAUUACGGGAUGUCUGUCGGCAAGCUAUUACAGCAAGUGGAUCUUCUGCUAAAAAUCUUGAUGUGUUUGUUAGGAAUAUUUUGGAAGGAAACUGCUAUUGAGCUGUUUGUCUAUUUUGAUCUUUGUAUAUUGGUCUAUUUCUUGCACAUUUGUAAUUUGCAUAAGUUUGAGAUUAAUAUUGCUUCUUGUUUGGCCCGAA